AUGGAAUCUGCUUGGGAGAUAGCAUUCAUAAGACAAAAAUCAGACGGCAGUCGUCCAGAAAAGCCGUCGUGUGCGUCCCGUUUACAGAGCUCAGGAGAAUAUGGACCCCACGCCUCAACAUCUGGUCUUCUUCCUUCUCCCCCCAAAAUACUGAUUCCCAAGACCUCACCCGCUCCCUCAGCUACGGAGGCUGUUUUACCAUCUUCUAAGUUACAAACUGGAUACAAGAAAAUAGAACAGACUUCAAUAACUUCUCUGGACCACAGCCCUAUGGAUAUGCCUAAUACAGAAACUGCCCCUGUCUGGACUGAUAAUUAUGGACCACAAGGAAAGAAGAUUUCCCUAAAUCCCUCCGUUCGCCUUAAGGCAGAGAAACUGGAAAUGGCUCUAAAUUAUCUCGGUAUUGAGCCCACAAAGGAGCAACACCAAGCCCUGAGACAGCAAGUGCCAGUAGACCCGAAGGGGACAGUGUCUUUUGGAGAUUUUGUCCAGGUUGCCCGAAAUUUGUUUUGCUUGCAGUUGGAUGAAGUAAACGUUGGUGCAUGUGAAAUUUCCAAAAUAUUAGAUUCACAGCUUAUUGCCUGUGAGUCCUUAGAAGCAGCUGACGUGGAAAGGCUUAAGCGUGAAAGAAAUGAUGCCUUGGAACAAGUGAAUGCACUGAAGGAAAAAUUAUUUGAAUCGGAAAGGAAAAGGAAACAGUUGACAGAAGAACUCCAGAAUGUGAAACAAGAAGCCAAAGCAGUCAUGGAAGAAACCAGAGCCCUGCGAAGUCGGAUCCAUCUUGCUGAAGCCGCACAGAGGCAGGCCCAUGGGAUGGAGAUGGACUACGAAGAAGUGAUCCGUCUGCUGGAGGGCGAGAUCACCGAGCUGAAGGCUCAGCUUGCUGAUUAUUCUGACCAAAAUAAAGAAAGUAUCCAGGAGUUAAGAAAGAGAAUCACCGUACUUGACUGCCAACUGCGAAAAUCAGAAAUGGCUCGCAAGACUUUCGAGGCAUCCACUGAGAAGCUUCUUCAUUUUGUAGAGGCUAUUCAAGAAGUAUUUUCUGAUAAUUCUACUCCUUUAUCAACUUUAAGUGACAGAAGAGCUUUGUUGGCCUCUCAGACAUCCCUCACGCUGCCCGGGAGGAGCGGCCGGAACACCCCAGCGACCUUGGCCCUGGAGUCUAAGGAACUUGUUAAGUCUGUUCGUGCCAUACUUGAUAUGGACUGUCUACCUUACGGAUGGGAGGAAGCUUACACAGCAGAUGGAAUCAAGUACUUCAUCAAUCACGUGACACAGACCACGUCCUGGAUGCAUCCCGUGGCGAGCGCGCUGAGCCUGUCCUGCUCCGAGGAGACCGCGGAGGACUGCGCCAGGGACGGCCCCGACCCGAAGAGCUGACCGUCCUCUGCAGGAAGCCGAGCGCCGUGGCCUCCCCAGCUCAGGCUCUGGGCCGGCCCGAGCCGCAGCCGUCUAAAAUAGGAGUGAACACACACUGCGUGUUGAAGUUGUGAAAUAGGGAAUCUGGACUCAGGCUAUUUUUUUAAACUCUUUGCUAUAACUCUACACAUUUACAAGGUCAGUUGCCACUACGGUAGUUCUUUUAAGAAUAACCUAGUCCGAUUUUUUUAAAAUCAUACACAAUUAGAUUUUUCUAUUAUGUAUCCUUUUUUAUAUCUAACGAGACCUUUGUAAUCUCACAUACUGCUCUUUAUGGAGUAUCUGGUACCAUGAGUUAUAGAAUUAAGACGUAGGUUAGACAGUGAUAUGAACGUAGUGAAAUACUUCAUUUACUUGGUAAUUCACUAACCUUUUGUAUUUGUAUCUUAGGAAUGCGACUUAGGCAAGCUUUUGGGUUGUUGUG